UCGCUGCGGCGGCAUUUUGUGCCGCCUUCCGCUGAGGCGAGAAAGGGCAGAGAACACCAGGCGACUGCCCACCCGCGAACAGGAGGAGGAGGAGGCCGCCGCAGUGCCCGCCACGAUGAAAACAUGCAGAGCGCCCAGCACUUAAACUCCGCGAGGGGCCGUUUUGCCACGCGACUUCGACCGCACGGGGCGCAGCCGGCGAAGGCGGCAGCGGCAGUCGGGAUUGGGCCACGGCGCACUCUCCCUUUCUUCCCUCCCACUGUGCCUCUGCCCGUCUCUUCAUGCCCACGGAAGAGGGCAGCGGCAGCAGCCGCCAGACACGCGGCGCCCCCGGCGCCGACGGCGAAGGAAGCGUCCACGUGA